AUGGCAUAGAACCAAAUAGUAGGAGCUAUAAAAAUAAAGGAUGGAUUGUUUAUUGGAGAUGAAUAUGCAUCUUAGGUUUGGUAUUUGAUUCAAUAAAGGAUCGUGAAUUCAUUAUGACAAAUAAAGUCACUCACAUAAUAAAUUGUGCUGGAACGGAAGUAUAAAAUAAAUGGACAUUAAUGGGUGCAAAGUAUUUAACAUUUAAUUGGUUAGAGUAAGAUAAUGAAGUAUUCAUUAAAAAUGAUAUAUCUAGGUUUUAUUUGAUGAAAGAAGUGAAAAUGUUAAUAAAAUAUUUACAUUCAUAGAAGAAUGUUUUCAAUAGGGAGAGAGUUGUUUAGUCCAUUCAGUUAGAGGAUAGAGUAGAGCUUGUUGUGUACUUGCUGCAUAUUUUAUGAAAAAGUUCGUUAAAUAUUUAAAUUUAAUAGAUAUUCAUGGACACUGUAUAAAACUCUUGAAUAUUUAAAUUCAAGAAGGCCAGAUCUUGAAAUUAGAGCAUCAUUCUUUUAUUAAUUGAAUGCAUUAGAAAAUAGAAUGACCAAAUAAGGACCAAAAAGAACAGCCUCUUGGAAUGAGUUAACUUCUGAUGAUCAAAACCCAUCUUAAGUGUAGGAUGAAUUAAUCAUUAGAAAUACAUUUCUAAAUUCACACAAUCGACCUGUAGAUGAAAUAUAUACAAAUUUGUAAGCAAAAUAAGUAUGAACUCUUUUUUUUUAUAUAUUUUAAGGGAGUCUUAGGAAAAGUUACAAAUCAGAAACUAAAAUGGAAGGAUUAAAUGAAUAAAGAAAAUAUGUCAUUAGCAACUAUUGUAUAUUCUGGUUCACCUGAUUUUGUUCCUGUUUCUGAAAUCAAUUUAAAAACCGAUCCAACAACACCACCUAUUUUAAAAGUAUAUCUUAAACUUUAAUUAGGGAGCAUAAAAAAAUUAAUCUUUAUUAGUAUAACCACCAAAAUAACCAUAAAUUUAGUCUAAUUUUCCAAAGAGUUCUAAUAAUGCACCUUAAGUGAGAGCUGCUAGUAGUAAAUCUUAAUAAUAAGAUUAAAGUGAGCUUUAAUUGAAUUCUAAUAUUACAUCAGCAAAUCUAACAAAUAAUCCUUCAUUUUAAAAUUUAUUGAUGCAUUGUGCAAUGAAAACAAGAACUCCUUAAUAAUAAUAAUAAUAAUAAGAAUAAAAUACUAAGAAAAAUACUUUAAUUAAUAAUUUAGUUAAACCAUAAAUUGAUAAUCAAAACACUUAAGCAAUUUCUUAAAUUGCUACUAAUUUGCUUUAAUUUCAAGCUUAAGCUAAUCCUUCUACUGGAAUUAGAAGCAAUUCUUUAUAAUAGAAUGAUGAUAAAAAAAAUUAAGCAGACACUAAUAAUAAUAAUAGACCAAGUUCUGUUAAAUAAAAAGAUAAUUAACCUUCUAUAUUAACAAAUUUUUAAGAAUUCAAAAAUUAAGUAUAACAAUCACUUAAUUAUUUUAAUAAAUAAUAAGAAACAAUCUCAAAUUUGGAUAAAUAAUCAUUAUAAUCUUAAACUACUUAAUUAACAACAUAAUCAAAUACAACUUAAUAACAAUUACUCUUAUAAUAAAAUAUUACCCAAUAAAAAAGUAAAUUAGAAUAAUUGAUUAGUCCAACAUUGAUUUAGUAAAUGAAUUCAACUAAACAUUCUGAAAUAUAAAAAACACUUACUUAAUCAAUAUCUUAAUUAUAAUCUAGUUAUCAGAAAUUUUAGUAAUUGCAAUAAAAAAAUUAAAUAAAAUCAUCAUAAUCUUAAUCCUGUAUUUAAAAAUAAAGUGCAUAAACUAAUGAAAUUUUUGUUGUUUCUAAUCCUUCUGGAUUGAAUUUAGUUAAAGUUUAAGAAAGAAGUACUUCCUUAACUAAAAAUUCUGAUAAUACAGAUAUUAAAAAUAGACCUAAUAGUGCUGAAGUUAAAGAAGGAUUCAGAGGAGUUAAUUAAACAAAAAAAGAUAGCUUAUCUCCAUUUUAGAAAGAUGCAGUCAAAAAAAUUACUUAAUAAGGUCCUCCUUUACCUUAAUCAAGCUCUUAAAUUUACUUAAGAAAUGUUUAAUGUAGGAGAUAGGCUGCAUCAACAUUAAGAAAUUAAUAGAAACCAAAUAAUUCCUUUUAGGAUAAAUAUUUGAAUUAAAGUGCUAACUAAGUUUAAAAUAAUAGUAGUUUUAAUAACAAUAGUAACUCAGCAAUAGAAGCUGAUUAGAAAUAAUCAACUAAAGGAGUAGUUUCAGAUUUAAAUCAAUUUAAAAAGCUCAUAUCUCCUUAAAAUUUAACAAAAAGUCAAGCUUAGUUUGUUAAAAAUUAACCGAUAAGAGUUUUAUAAGAAUUAACUGAGAAAACAUAAUCUUAAAAAUAAGUGUAUGUUUAUAAUUUAAUCAUUAGAAAAGCUAAAGAUAAUAUAUCAUCCACUAGUUUUACUUUAGUUUAAAAACCAUCCACUGUAAAUACUAGAACCUUUUCCCCUGCCAUAAAAAGUAUAUAUUAUAAUAUUAAUAUUUAGAUGAAACUAAAAAUAAACCAAAUAAUUAAACUAAUGUAAGAUAAAAAGUAAGAAACUCUUCGCCUGGAAUAUCAAAAGAUCAAGAUUCCUCUAAUUCAUUAUAAAAUAUAUCAUAAACUUUUUAAGGCAAAAAUAGUUGGAAAAUGCUAUGA